UAUUAAAAAUAUCGAUUAUUUUUAAUUAAUAAUGAUGAAUAAUUUAUAUGCAUGAACAAAUGAUUGCAAAAUAUUACAAUGAUAGGCCUGAUAUUAUUCUAUUCUCUUUUUAUUGAAUAUAUUUUUUAAAAAUGAAAGUAAUUUAAAUUGCAAUUAUAUUGUCAUUUUUGACAAUUAUUUUGAGCAAAAGAAUACAUGUAAAUGAAUAGAUAUAACAAUGUAUUAGAGAAAAAUGUCCAUAAUAAUUAAAAUAAUGUUAUGAUGAUAUNUAUCAAGAAUUGCAUAAAUUAUUAAAUAUUAGAUUAAUAAUAUAAUUUAAUGUAAAAAGGAAUAUUAAUCACACAUCUUCAACAUGUACGUUAAUAAAUAAUGAAUUCUACAAGUUACAAUGUAGAUUAAUAAAAAAAAGAUGAAUUUGUAAAUAAAAAAUAUAAUUUAACAAUAAUAGAUGAGAAAAAUGAGACAUACAUUGGCAAAUGGUAUAAUAUCUUCAUUUAAGGAACUCACAAUUUAGAAUCAAAUAGAGAACUAUGAUUAUAAGAAUUAUUUAAUUGAGAAAUACGUAACUUAAUUAUUUAAAUUUAUAAAUAGAAACGAGGACCUCUUCAUUUGGUUUGUGAAAAUGGAAGAUUAACUCUUGUAAGAUAUUUCAUCGAAAACAAUUUAUAUGAUAUUAAUGAGAUUUGUGAUGGUUUUACACCUUUGAGUUUGUUAACAUUAUAUUACAUAUAAACUCCAGAGAAAUGUACAUCAAUAGAGACAUUAGAAUUGAUGUUUUCUUAUGGUGCAGAUCCAUUGUUAUAUGUAGAUAAAAAUGGUAAUACUUUAAAUGAUUAUUGCAAUUAAUUAAAGUAAUAAACAGGAGAACCACUUAACUUUGUUUUAUAAUAUAUAUAGGAUAUGUAUUUUAAGAAAGAGAGAGAAUAGGCACUAAAGAAUGCAAUUUUACUAUCAUUAUGUGAUAAUUAAGAUAAUAAUAAUAAUCUAACACAUUUGUUAACAAUAGAUGAUAUGAAGCAAAUAGCAGAAUAUCUAAUUGGUCCCAUAUAAUAACAAAUUGAUUAAUGAC